CACUGCUUCCGGAAAAACAUCGAAACUUCCGGCGUCGGUAGCUUUCUGCUAACAUUUUCGUGAAAUAACCUCGUAUUUCUUCCAAAUUACUCUUUGAAACUCGGGAAUGUCCCUGGUUGACCUUGGGAAGCGACUGCUACAUGCUUCGCGUCUCGGUGAUGUGGACGAUGUACGAACCCUCAUGGCUAAUGGCGCACCUUUUACGACCGAUUGGCUCGGUACAUCACCGUUGCACUUUGCCUCGAACAACGGCCACCGAGGGACGGCCGAGGUUCUCCUACGGUCGGGAAUAAGCCGCGACGCUAGGACCAAGGUUGAUAGGACGCCGUUACACGUUGCCUCACAGGAGGGCAACCUGGAUAUUGUGGAGCUCCUGCUGGGGCAUGGCGCUGAUGUCGAAGCUAAGGACAUGCUCAAAAUGACGCCACUACACUGGGCGGUCGAACGAGGCCACACCGAGGUUGUACAAGCGUUGGUAAACAAAGGCGCUGACGUCAAUUGUGAGGACAAGUUCGAGCGCACCGCCAUCCACAUAGCGGUAGCCAAUGACAGGAUAGACGUGAUAACCUUGCUGCAGGCGGUGGCCAGCCACCAGGACCCAAUCACACCGCUGACGAUCGCGUCCCUGGAGGAUCAGACGCAGGAGGUGACGACGGAGGUGCUCGAGACUCAGCCAAUCAUGGUCAGUGCGGAAAGCUUGUCAGAUGGGGACCAGAGCAGCACGUCCGUUUUAGCAACCUUAGCAGCACUAGCGGAGGCUACAGCCCCACUUAGCACAUCCACAACCACGACGUCAGCCGAUGCGCUACAUUGGUUGGAUUCCCAGGGCAUCGCCACAAUAUCCAUAGAUGAGACGAGGAUACAGAAUGUGGUGUCGUCAGCUUUAGAGAGUGGCCAGCAGUUCACGCUGACAGAGGCUGGAAAACUCGCGCUGAACUUUGUGAAGAAGCAGUCCAACGAGGUGACAGAAGAGGUCAUCAUACAGGACACGGAGGUCGAACACCCCAUGGAGACCGUCAUCCAGGACAACGAUGACGAGCAGCGCGUCAUCGCCAUAGUGACGGAUCAGGACAAGGAGGGGAGCGGGGACCUCGUGGUCGCUAUGACAGAGGAGAAGGAGGAGGAACCAGGCACCAAGAGACUCCGGAUCGACGAGGGGGAAGAUGGCGUCCAGUAUAUAGAGAUUCACUCGAACUUCGACGCGAUGGGCCCCGAGGAACUGAAGCGCCACCUUGAGGCCAUACAGAAAGAGGCUAAGCAGUACAAACAGCAGUUGAUACAGAAAGAACAGGAGGCCGAGGGCUACAAGAGGAAACUAACGGAGUUGUCGAAAAAGGACGAUAGUUCGUGAGGUUGUGGGAGAUUGAGAUAUCGGUUCUGGACGAUUCGGGCCUCGUUUUGGGGCAGCGGCAAAAUUUGCAGUACAGGUGUACAUAGUCGGAUUUAAUAGUAAUCUGAAAGUUGGUCUGUUGACCUUCGUAAGUCUCUGUGUUCAGGUUGAUCAGGAGUGAAAUUAUUGGGGCUUAUACCCAUGUGUCUGACCCCCCCCCCACGGGUGAAUCUGACCCUUGGAUGGAGAGGAGGGAGGGGGUUAAUUUGACCUUCUCCACUUCUGCAUUAAAGGGAACUGGAACCGCCGAGCGAUUUAUUCCACUUUUCGACUUUCACCGCCCGAGAAAGUCAAACUUCCAACUUUCUAUUCGAGUUCAGAUUUGUAGCUCCGCCCCCAGUGCCCGAGCAUGCGCAGUUCAAUUUGUUAUUAUUGAGAAUCAUGUGAGAAUCACGUGAGUCAUGCGAUCUUUCAUUCAUGAGUUUUCGUAGUAAAUUCCAUAGUAGUGACGUCACUGAAUGAUUGACAGCUAGGCGCCAUGUUUCAUUCAUGCCUCGUUCUGAUCACCCGAUACGCGGGAAAUGAAAACGAGGUCAUACGAACUGGCUUGGCGGUAUCAGUUCCCAUUAAGCAUGUGUCUGACUUAAAUAAAACUCACAGCAAAAAUAAGAUGGGUAAUCCCCCUUUCUAUUCUAUGAAUAGAUUCGUGGAAAACAUCGAGAGUUUUUUCUUUUUUCUCGCAAUUAAGACUUGAUAUGGUUUUUCGCUACAGUGACGAUCUCGCGUGAAAGUGGUAAAAAAACCGUCAUAAUCUUAAAAUUCUGUAUGUCGGAUUUGCACUGCCACUAUUGAUAAAUUGUGUAAAUAAACCUUUUGAAAUAAAAUAUUUUGUGAAU